AUGGAAAACUACAAGGGGUUGUAUUUCGGAGGAAAUAAAGAAGGUAGUAGUAACGUUUUUGACAAAGGAGGAGAAAAUUGUUACAGUGUUAAGUUUGAUAUAAAAGAAGAUGAUAAUUUUGUGUAUUCAAAUUUUGAACAUGUUGAGACAGAAGUGGAAAAGGACAUGAUAAAGGGUGCAUUGGUAUGUAAGAAGGUUAAGAAUAAUUAUGAAAUAAUGGUCGAAAAAUUAAAAAGAAAAAAAUUAGGUGUAUUAUUGGUAGGUAUAGGUGGUAACAAUGCUACGUCGAUGUUAGGAGGAAUUUGUGCUAAUAGCAAAAAUUUAACAUAUUUUAAUAAAUAUGAUGUUAAAAAAGCAAAUUAUUUAGGUAGCGUGUUUCUAUCAACAAAUAUUAGAUUGGGUUAUAAUAAAGCAGAAAGAGAACAUUCUUACUGCCCUAUUCAUAAGUUAAUUGAAGUGUACAACCCUGAAUAUAUUGUAUAUGGUGGAUGGGACUUGAACAAUUUAAAUUUAAGGGACUGUUUAAUUAGAAAUAAAGUAUUUGACUAUGAUGUUGUUGAAAAAAUAAAAGAUGAAUUAGAUUAUAUUCCACUAAGAAGUGUAUAUUUUAAAGGGAAUUUUAUUGCAGGUAAUCAACAGAAGAGAGUAAAUAACAUUCUUGUAGGUAAAAACAAGUUAGAAAUACUUGAACAAGUAAGACAACAAAUAAAAAAUUUUAAAAAAGAAAAUAAUUUAGAUACUAUAAUAGUCUUAUGGUCAGGAAAUACUGAAAAGAAUAUUCCACAUAUUGAAGGUGUUAAUGACACAUUUCAAAAUAUUUUACUAGCUUGCAAAAAUAAUCAUGUUUCUGUGUCUCCUAGUAUUAUUUAUGCCUUAGCAGCAGUGUUAGAAAACUGUGCUUUCAUUAAUAGUAGCCCCCAGAAUACAUUAGUCAAUGCAGUUGUACAGCUAGCCGAGCAGAAGGGAAUUUUCUUAAUUGGCAAUGACUUGAAGACUGGUCAAACCAAGAUGAAGAACCUCCUCCUCGACUUUUACUUUGGCACAGGUCUGAAGCCGAAGAGCAUUGUGUCGUAUAAUCACCUCGGAAAUAACGAUGGAAAGAAUUUGUCGUCAGAUCUUCAAUUUUACAGCAAGAAAAUUUCAAAGAGUAAUUUAAUUUGUGAUUAUGUAAAGGCAAAUGAACAUUUGUAUGCAGAUGAAGAUAUUGAGAAUCCAUUUGCCCUAAAUAAUGAAGAGUAUUAUAAAGGGGAUAGUUUAGUAACAGCAACUACUGAAAAUAAAGAAAUGGAAGAAGAAUAUGCAUAUGCUGAAGCAAUUGAAAAGCAGAAGGUAAAUAGUGAAAUUGUAAUUAAAUAUGUACCUUAUGUAGGAGAUGAUAAGAAAGCUAUUGAUGAAUAUAUUAGUGAAAUAUUUAUGAAUGGAAAAAAUACAAUUUCUUUAUAUAAUGUUUGUCAAGAUUCAUUGUUAGCAUCUCCAUUGUUGUUAGAUCUUAUACUUGUAGUAGAACUUGCUCAAAGAGUUUUUUUUAAAAAUGUUCAAAAUAAUACACUAAAACAUGAACAGUUAAUUAGUGAACAUAUAAAAGUAGGUGACUAUCAGUUAAGUCAUACUAUAUUAAAAACGAAAUAUGAAAAUUUCAAAAAUAUGGAUAGUGUUUUAUUCCUUUCUAGUCUUUUCUGUAAGUCCCCAUUUAAUUCAAGUGUAUACAAAACCAGGCACUCCUUUUUCUCGCAGCUCGAAAGUAUUUGCAACUUCGUUAGGAUCAUCUGUGGGUUACCAAUAGAUGCCCACGUAGAUUUGCCCUAUAUGGUUUAA